AUGGCAUCUAUUUUUCUGGACACAGAUGAAAUACUGUCUAAUAGUGAACAAUGGUCUCGACUUGAAGAAGAAUGGGGCCAGCCCAUAGAUCUGGAUAUGGAAGAGGAAUUGACUCGAGAAGAUUCCAGUAUUUUAAAUUUUGGACCGACUGCAGCCAACUCUUGCAUCGCAAUUGAGCAUCUUCUAGAAGAACCCACUGAAGACUAUAAUGAAUUUGUUAAAAAUUUUAAUCAAUUCUCUGGACAAUUUAACAAUGACAGAAAGUAUGAUCUUUCGUCGAUGUCACCUUUAGUCGAUGUCAUGGCUGACGAAGUUGAUAGUAUGUUUGAAUCCAUUGAAAUAUUGGCAUGUUUUGAUAAAAAACAGCAGCGGAGAACACUGUACACAACGCGCAAUGGACAACAUAAAUCUGAGAGGAAAGAAUCUAGGAAAGACAACGUAAACUUGUCCACAAGUGAUGUUUCGGAGGAAUUAGCAAGAGAAUCGAAUAUAAAUCGGCGCGGAGGAAAUUUAUUUAUUCGUAAAUCGCAAACGAUAACAGAGCUUGUCAAGAAAUUUAGCUUAGCACUGUACAGGCCGGCUGUCGAACGUAAAUCCAGAAGGCCAAGACACUUUGUUAAUGUUAUCGAGAUUUGGAAGAAUUAGCCGUCUCGUUUUUAGAUUUAGAUAAUGGACUUUCUUGUAAACUGACUGAUUCAUAUAUUUUAUUGACAUUGUUAAAAGUACAAAAAAAAAAUGUAAAAAAAAAAAUGCUAAUUUACGGUAGUAAGUUACAACAGUACAAGCAUUUACUUAAAUAAUAU